CUUCCAGUUCAAUAAAGGCACAACAACAAUUCAACUCAUCCUUAGACUAAAAAAACACAAGGAUACAACAGUCAUGACAUCACCAAGCAGCGGGCUCGACUUGGUCGAAAAUCCAUCCAGCUUAAUCACGAAGCGCAAGAUUCAAGAGAUGGUGGCACAAAUUGACCCAAGCGAAAGACUGGAACCUGAAGUGGAAGACAUUUUGUUAGAGCUUGCGGACGAGUUUAUCGAGUCAGUUACACAGUUUGCUUGUAAACUCGCUGUCCAUCGAAAAUCAUCAACUUUAGAAGUUAAAGAUGUUCAGCUUCAUCUUGAGAGAAACUGGAAUAUCAGGAUCCCAGGAUUUGCUUCAGAGGAGAUCAGGUCUGUAAGAAAGUCAACUGUACCAGCGUCGCAUACACAAAAGCUGACUGCCGUGAGCAAUGCCAAGGCAGCACAGGCAGCUUCAGGCAAGUAACGAAUCGCCUCUAGAAGUUCCAGGAUUAUAUAGCAUGUCCGCAAC